AUGCUGCUGUUCUUUAUAUCUGCCGUGGCACUUGCCAGUGCUGCUUCGGCAGCCACCCUCGCCGGCAUCCCGACUGUGUCCUUUGAGCUCUCGAGUGAUGGCAGUCUUGAUUUUUCGACAAUCGCCACCAUCAUCGUUGACGAGAAGAACGCCGAUGCCGUCGACACCGACGGCCUAACCUUGAUUCCGCCAACGCUGCUCGACUUUGCAGGAACCUUUGCGGAGGACCUGGUGUCGGUGCUUAAUUUCGAGGUCGUUGUGAAAGUCGGCUCGGCUGCAUCGGCUGGCGCCGAUGCCAUUUUUCUGACGCUCGGGAACAAGAGUGACUAUCUGGAUGUGGCCGGCCGCCAAACUUCGGAGGGCUAUUCGCUCGAAAUCACUGCAGAGGAGGGUAUCACCAUUACGGGGCGCAAGCCCCCUCGGGGUCUGGGGGGGGCACUUCGGAACCAUCGGGAAGCAGCUUGCUGUGAGCUCGCUGAUGAGUAUUCGCUCUUCUGCAUCGAGUUGAAUAAGUUCAUCAAGGAAAAAUCGGGAAAGCAGGUCCGGCUCUGGGGCACGUUCCCGCCGUCCGACGGCGACCAUGUUGAUACGGAUGUCUCCGUCCAGCACUGGGCGCCUUGGGAGGGCAACCCGGUUUUCGACUGGCUAGCAAACAACUUCACUGUGCUCAACUCGGCUGAUGCGAUCUACAUUGUCGGCAAAUGGUCUCAGUGGUUGCCCGCUCUCGCUGACAAGCAAUGGGGUGGCGAGCUAAUGGAGGAGGAGUAUCUGGGCUUGUUCGAGGCGCUGCAGCCGUUCGUGCCGGAUCAGAACCUGGAUCGAAGAAUCCCCAGCCAGGGGCCGACGAUCCUGGAAUACGACUUUGCGACGGGACGCGGAUGCGAGGGCAAGUUCAAGGAUGUGUCGGGGAACAGAUACCAUGCGGCUUCGAGCUGCGGCAGCACCGACGAGGGCAUCAUCUUGCAAGAGGGAUGCGAGGUCACGACGCCUUUGUCUUCCAAGGGCCGCAACUACACCAUGUCGUUCUCGAUCAAGCCGACGUCUGAUGCCAAGGGCCCGAUCUUUACUGGAGGUGACAGCGCACUGUGGUACGGGAACGGCACAGUCGACUCGGUCAUGGCUUGGUCGGGAGACAAUUUGUACGCGCUGAACUACACGUUCCCCGUGGGCGAGUGGACGAAUGCGAGCCUGAUUGCCAAGGGAGACCGUACCUUCCUGGACGUGGGUGAAGGAGAGCCGAUGGAGUUCAAGACAAUCCUGGGCAUCAUUGGGACGAGCUUCGUAUGGGAGCGGCUGGCUGUGGAGGCGCCGCUGAAGACGAUCGGAGGCGGGGCAUUUGAAGGCAUCAUUGGGAGAUGGAAGCUGAAGGAAGGGGGCGGGGAGGGGGUAAUGACAACGCCACGACCUCCCCGUGUGUCAUCGGGAGAAGCAUCCAUUCCCAGGGGACGUCAGGCAUAUGCAGAGGGCCAGUAUAAGACGGCAAUCGAGCACUUCACCCUUGUUGCCAACGCUUGUUCCUGCAACCGCGGAGGCCGGCGUGACCGAUGCAAAUGUAAGGACUUUGAGAAGGUCGCCCAAGAUGGGGCAUCUAUCUUCAAGGAGGCCAUGCACAAAUGCUCCUGCGAUGCGUCCAGAAAAUACAAAAAGUGCCACGAGCCUUCACACAUCCAGGCUUUGGACUAUCGCGCCGCCGUCUUUGAGAAAAUGGGCCGGCUUGAACUGGCCAAGAAGGAUGCCGCAUGGUUGCUGGAGAUAGCGCCGAGGUCACUCGAGGGCUAUCUUCGCAUGGGCAAGGUGUAUAGGCUGGAGAAGGAGCCUGAGCUCGCCUUGGCCUUUUGGAACGCCGGCAUCGAGGUUGGAGCCAAGGAGGGCCAUGGUGGUAGCGCAAAACUCAAGCAACUGUUUGAUGCUCGAGCGCCCUUGCAGAAACGAUAUGGGCGCAAGGACCCUAUGGAAUUGCCCCUAGAGAUUGUCGACAAUAUAUUCUCCUAUCUCGACUUCCGCGAGCUCUGGUACGUUUCGUCGCUGGUGCGUUUGGCCUCGGUCAUCGUGCGACCCCGAUGA